AUGUUUAGGAAGUUAAACCAUGUGUUCCGUCCCAAUCAUCACGGCCGAAGAGAGAGGGACGAUUUCGGGCCGGACUACCACAGCGCCUGCACUGUUAGGCUGGUCCGCAGCACCUCCAUGGUGGUGUUGGGAGAGAGGACCAAGUCUUCCGAUAAUCCUAAUUUGAAACGGAGCAAGAGCACCGUGAGCAUGGAGUCCACUUUGUACUAUUACCACAUGCAAGAGGAUCGUGUUUGGCUUUAUUCCCAUGAGCAGAGCUGUCUGGAGUACCUGCAGGCGCUGGUGGCUCUGCGGCGGCGCUACACGAAGAGUGUGAGCGACUUAAAUGUGGGCGAGGCCAAGGCUAAAGUGUCCUCGAAGAAAAAAGCGGCACCUCCGGUGCCUCCAAGAAAACCUGAAACAAGAACAAUCCCUUCGGCGCCGCCCAUGCCCAACGUGGAGGACACGCUGCAAUUUCUGGAUGAGGUGAUUGCAAGUUGUGACAGUGAACCUCAACGCAAACCCUACGCGGAUGAUGGACACGCCGACGUGGACUUCAUAGUGGCAUCCAGCUCAGCAGAACAUGACAUCCACUCCAACUGGCUCUUGCGGGUUCCUCGAGCGGCAAGUCACUCUGACGGGAAGCAGGAAUGUCUUGCAAGUGCCAAAGAGAAAGUCCUCAAUAAGAAGAACAAAAGCGGGUCGACCAGCAGCAGGUUGCGUCUGCAGAGGAACCCUAUCCAUUUGCCCAAAGUGGUGGAUAGCGCUCUGCAGACACUUCGCUUCAAGUCCAAAAAGUCCUGAAGAUACUUAAGACUCUUGAUGAUUGACUCUCAUUUGAAUAGAAAGAGAAAUUGACAUCUUAACAAGUGGGACAUCAUGGAGAUGUAUUGUUAGUAGAGAUGUCCCGAUCGAUCGGGUCCGAUCACGUCAUUUUCAAAGUAUCGGAAUCGGCAAAAAAAUAUCGGACAUGCCUUUUUUUAAUAUAUAUAUUUUUUUUAAUUAAAUCGUUUUCUAAUUGUAUUUAACGUUACAGACAUAAUAUGUUACACUCAUCCAGAGUCUUUAGUUUUGGCUUAAGGUAGGGUUAUCAUAUUUAUCCCGAUAAUGGCGGUAAUUAAUUUUUUUAAAAAAUGUAUCACGUUAAAAUAUUUAACGCAAUUAAUGCAUGCGCUGCACGACCCACUCACGCAUUGACGCGCUCAAUCCGUAAUGGCGCCGUUUUACCUAUGUAGAGAGCUUAAAGGCAGCGUAAAAUGAGUAGAGUGAAUUUUGGAAGCCUUAGAGCCUUUUUUUAAUUGGCUAAAGCCUUACAAUCCCUCUCCCUACGAUUAGAAAUGUCAUGGGAAGCAAUGUGGGAAAGCAAGAUAGUAAUUGAUCUUUUUCUUAAAACCCCAUGUUAUUUCCCAACGCAGAGAAGAUAUAUCAAUUGGUAGCACUACGCAGUCAUGGUUGCACUUCCCAUCAUGCAUUUGGGCAUGGCUACAGUAUAACUUACUGAAAGCUCAACAAAUACACUAGAUGGCAAUAUUUAGUCACAAUAUACAAAGUCACAUUUAUCCUUUAAGAAUUACAAGUCUUUCUAUCCGUGGAUCCCUCUCACAGAAAGAAUGUUAAUAAUGUAAAUGCCAUCUUGAGGAUUUAUUGUCAUAAUAAACAAAUACAGUACUAAUGUACUGUAUGUUGA